AAACCAAUUGUCCUCCAUGACUGAAUAGUUGUAGGCUGUAACGUUCAGAAUGGCUCUGACAUAAAAGCGCGCUGUUCAGUUAUCUUCCUAGUCGUGACACGACACGACGAAGGAAAGACUAAAAAUGAACAGUGACUUAACGCCAGCAAAUGAUCCUGCUUUAGGGGAGCAACAGGAGCUCCAAGAUAUUGAUCAAAAUAGCCCUAAUCGUUUCCGAGUGGCGAAAGUAGAUGCAAAAGACGACGAGAAGGAAACUGACUCUUUGACAUCUCCAAAUCUGCAGCAUUCUUAUGGGUGCGAUUCACGCUACAAAAGUUUGGGCCAACUGACGAGGGAAGUCCCCCCAAGAGUAGAACACUACAGGCAUCUUUCCAUUCAUCACGAAUACCGGCCAACUCUAGAAGAACUUCAUGAGAGAAUUAUCCCAGAAAAGAGGGAACGAAAUGUUGAAGCCGAACCACAGGAACAAAAGAAGGGGAAGGUCAUCAAGUUUGGAUGGCUGGAAGGAGUAUUUAUGCGAUGUCUUCUCAACAUCUGGGGUGUUAUGCUCUUCUUACGUCUCUCCUGGGUUAUUGGCCAAGCUGGAAUUGGAGAAGGUACGGCAAUAAUUUGCCUUGCGAACAUAGUAACUUUAGUAACGAGCAUUUCUAUGUCUGCUGUUUGUACAAAUGGACAAAUUAAAGGAGGUGGUAUUUAUUACAUGAUAUCACGGUCACUGGGACCAGAGUUUGGCGGAGCAAUUGGCCUCAUGUUCACACUUGCCAAUUCUGUUGCUGUAUCAAUGUAUAUUGUUGGCUUUUGCGAGUCGCUUCAAGAUUUACUGAGAAGCUUUGGUACCACAAUCAUCGACGGAGCAAGUAAUGACAUCCGUGUGGUUGGCCUUGUAACUCUUAUAGGCAUAUUUAUUCUUGCAAUAGUUGGCAUGGAUUGGGUUACGAGGACACAAAUGUGUUUGCUUUUUGUCUUAAUCGCUUCUCAAAUUGAUUUUGUGAUUGGAAGCUUCCUGGGACCUGAAGAUGAUGAAGAAAUAGUAAAAGGAUUUGUAGGAUACAAUGUAGAAACAUUCGUAUCGAACCUAUACCCAGAUUAUCGCAACUACGAAGGAGUUGAUCAUGAUUUCUUCUCUGUCUUCUCUGUAUUCUUCCCGGCUGUAACUGGAAUUGUGGCUGGAGCCAAUUUGUCAGGAGACCUUAAGGACCCCAGUAGUGCCAUUCCCAUAGGCACAUUGCUGGCCAUCGUCAUCACAUUUCUGUCUUAUGUAGGCUAUGGGUUCAUGAUGGGAGGCUGUGUGCUACGCACGGCUUCUGGCAAUGUAACAGAAUACCUUCAGGUUAAAGGUGAACCUAAUGAAUGGACAAUCUUCAGCAACUGUACAGACCGGCCCUGUAUGUAUGGACUACAUAAUGAUAACCAGGCCAUGGAAUUAGCUUCAUCAUGGGGUCCAUUAAUCUAUGGAGGCUGCUUUGCUGCGACCCUGUCAUCUGCCAUUGCUAGCCUUGUUGGAGCACCAAGAGUGUUACAGGCUCUGGCAAAAGAUAAGUUAUAUCCACUUAUAGGCUUCUUCUCAAAAGGACAUGGAGCAAAUAAUGACCCAGUUCGUGGCUAUAUUCUGGUAUUUGUUAUAUCAUUUGGAUGCAUAUUAAUUGCUCAGCUGAAUGUUAUAGCUCCUUUACUUUCAAAUUUCUUCUUGGCUGCAUAUGCCCUCAUCAACUUUUCAGUGUUCCAUGCAUCCAUUUCCAAGAGCCCUGGUUGGAGGCCUGCAUUCAAGUAUUACAAUGCAUGGGUGAGCCUUAUUGGAACUUUGCUGUGCAUUGCUGUCAUGUUCCUCAUGUCUUGGGUGAUGGCACUUUUUACAUUUGUGGUCGUUAUCACACUCUAUCUUUACGUCUCCUACCGCAAGCCAGAGGUAAAUUGGGGCAGCUCAACACAGGCUCAUUCAUACAGCUCUGCUCUGAAGGCAAUGCUCGAACUGAAUCGAGUGGAAGAACACGUAAAAAACUUCCGCCCACAAGUACUUGUUCUUACUGGUAUGCCAGGGUCCAGGCCUCCUCUGGUUGACUUUGCAUACCUCAUCACAAAGGGGCUUUCUUUACUAGUAUGUGCACAUAUUCUCAAGGCAACCCACUCCCAAAGAGUUCACGAAGCUCUGACGAAGAAAGCAUAUCAGUGGCUGAUACGACAUAAGGUGAAAGCAUUUUUUUGUAUCACAGAGGAUGAUAGCUUUGAAGCUGGAUGUCAAGUGCUAAUGCAGAUCUCAGGCCUUGGCAAACUUCGUCCAAAUAUGAUUCUUAUGGGAUAUAAAGGAAACUGGAGAACUUGUGAUCCAGAAGAACUUAAGCAGUACUUCAAUGUUAUUCAUAAUGCACUGGAUCGAUACCUCGCUGUUGGUAUCUUGAGGGUUCAAGAAGGACUUGACUACUCGGGUAUUAUCCAAGAUGAGGAGUUUGUUCCGAUCUCUACACUGGACAAAAAGGAUGCAGAGGAGAAGAUGAGACGCAACCAGUCAUCAAAUCAACUUGUAUCACAAGAUGUGAACAUCAGUGUCUUGUCAGAUGCCUUGAACAGUGACACAGAGAGUCCUUCAAUGAACUGUGACCCGGUUGCAAGUGACAGUUUACUUGAAUCCAGUACAACAGUAACCGUUACUUCCAAGAAAAGUCGAAAAACAUUGAAAACUCAGAAGUCAAACAUUGCAAUGUAUGUUAGUCCUGGAGGAGAGCCUUUACCUAAAUCUAUCCUGAACAACAUCACACAGUUUCAAAGAAAGCAACCCAAAGGUCUCAUCGACGUGUGGUGGCUCUAUGAUGAUGGAGGUCUGACAUUGUUGAUUCCAUAUAUACUGAGUACACGCUCACAAUUCUCUGGCUGUCAGCUCCGAAUAUUCUCCCUUGCAAGCAAAGGUGAUGACCUGGAUAACGAUCAGAGGAACCUUGCAGCACUUCUGUCAAAGUUCCGAAUUGACUACAGUGAUGUUGUAAUUAUCUCUGACAUCCACAAGAAAGCCAUGGACUCAACAAGAAAAGAAUUUGAAACUUUUAUUGAACCGUUUCGAGUUAAGGAUGGAGAUAGUUCUGACACUUCGAAAACUUCAAAUAAAACCUGCAUCACUGAGUCGGAACUGCUUGCACUGAAGGAAAAAACUAAUCGGCACAUGCGAAUACGUGAACUUUUGCUACAGUACUCAAUGGAAUCGACUUUUAUCGUUAUGGCACUGCCAAUACCAAGGAAAGACGUUGUUUCUGCCCCUUUAUAUAUGGCCUGGCUUGAACUGCUGACGAAGGGGAUGCCUCCAUGCCUCAUUAUUCGUGGCAACCAGACUUCAGUCAUCACAGUUUAUUCUUAAGUAGUCUGCUGCUGCCAUCACCACUGAACUAGCAAUGUAAAUGUGGCGUACAGUUGUUCAGAGCGUGGAAGACAUAUACAGUAUUGUAGUGGAUUCUGAGCAAUAGUCUUUUGUAGUUAUUCAUCAAGUUCUAUGUGCAACAGGUAAUAUGUGUCAUAUUAACAUGUUAAUUUUUAGAUUCUUCUUCUUUUAUGGCUCUCCGGUCCGUAUUCGGUCCAUGGCCUCCUCAAUUCUCCUCUUCCAUUCGGUCCUCCGUUAGGUCCGUCUGUCCAAGGCUUUGAUUGAGGUUUUGAAACAUCUUC